AUGGGACACGCUCUGUUAAACCUGACUAUAGGGUACCCAGAGAAGAGGACGGAAUGGAUUGUGGUGAUGAGUGAUUCAUUGGAAAGUAUUUUGAGGGAAUGGAAGAAAAUUGUGGGUGACGGUUACCUCAAAGAUAUGCUUCCGGGGGAGAAAUAUUGGAAAUGGAGGAAUUAUGUCUUCAUGGAUGUAAAGCAUGGAGAUUCUGAGAUCAACUAG